AUGGCUUCACGGUGUACGCAACAGCAGACCGUAUUUGAUGACGUUCUCAGACCAGGAUGUGUUCCGCAUAACAAUGUCUUAAGAAAAGCUGACACCUCGAUGCAUGAUCCAUAUCGUGAACGAAUACCAGAGCCAGGACGGCACUCAUCGUUCAUCCUCAACCACAUCGUGAGUCGGCCGAAGAAGACAGUAUUCAAUCGGAGUGUCACGAAUGCCACUAUGAUGUCAACUGCAAGUGCUUCAGCUCCAUCUAUCACUAGUUCCUUAUCUGCUACAGCGUCAGCAUAUGCGUGGUCAGAUCGAGAAAAACUGCAUGGAGACCUGAACGAUCCACAUGCACUUCUGAAGGCAACUUUGCGCUCUUUACUCUUUGACUCUAUUUUCUCUCCAUAUGAAUGCUGCGCCGACUGGGGCGCCGUUAUCACCACCGUUCUUGCCGCGGGACAGCCAGCCCACGAUGACGUCGACGGACUGCCGUCAAGCGAACAGGAGGUCUCCAGCGGGACAAGCCUCCGUUGGGAAAGCGUCCGCUAUUCGGGCGCGUCAAAUACCGUUGCAGACAGAAAUUUUCUGGGGCAAGUGAGCGCUAGCAGGUACCGUGGGCAACCGAUCCCAUGCUUCCUAAUGCGUCAAGUACGUCCUCCUCGUUUAGGUAUUACUUGCGUCGAAUGGGUCAUCCUAUUUCCAAAUAAAAAUAAUAUGAUUCUUAAGGAAGAAGGCCGAAAAACGAGCUAG